GGUAUCAGCCUCCUCCCCCUUUGAACGUACCACAUUCAUUCUUCAAAUUUAUUGUUCUUUAAUAAGUAAUUUAAGUUUUCCGUCGAUCGAUCUGUGGGUUAAUUAGAAGUUACGAGAAUGGCAUCCUCCUCGUCGUCGUCAAAUUCCGGGGGGAAUUGGACGGCGAAGCAGAACAAGCUGUUCGAGAAUGCGCUGGCGACGUACGACGAGAACAGCGCCGACCGGUGGGCGAAAGUGGCGAGGGCGGUCGGCGGGAACAAGACGGUGGAGGAAGUGAAGAGGCACUACGAGAGGCUGGUGGAGGACGUCUGCCUCAUCGAGUCCGGCCAGGUGCCCCUCCCCGAUUACGGCGUCGCCGCCUCUAACGGGUACAACAACAACAAGUGUACGGCCGCUCACGAAGAACAGAGGUUGAAGUAUCUUAAACUAUAAUAAAGAAGGCAGAAUCUGCAACAAUUACAAAAUUCUAAAGAGAAUUUUAGUCGAGAAUAGAUGUAGUAAUUGGUCAAAAUUGCAAGAAGUAAUCGAGACGGAUUAAUCCCCCCACUUUUUUUGUCUCCCCUCUAAUGAUAGAUAUUUCCUCUCUCCUAUCUGGCUCGCUCUUAGCACCGAGGAACAUCUCUUACUUUCAAUUCCUCGCACGCUCUCAUUGUAAUGGAUAUGUGUAUUUCUAUUAUUUUACUAGAAUAUCAAUUUAGUGUACCUUGUUCUUAAA